GGGCGGACUACAGCUCCCGUGGUGCCGCGCGCGGGCGGCUCAGAGCAGCGCGCGGAGCAGCAGGAGCCGCCGCCGCCGCCUCCCCGCGGCCGGGCCCAGUCCGGCGCGCCCGACCCCGGCCCCGACCCCGGCCCGGGCCCCGACCCCGACGCCGGCAUGGCGCGGCCGCUGGUGCCCAGCUCGCAGAAGGCGCUGCUGCUGGAGCUGAAGGGGCUGCAGGAGGAGCCCGUGGAGGGGUUCCGGGUCAGCCUGGUGGACGAGGGGGACCUCUACAACUGGGAGGUGGCCAUCUUCGGGCCCCCCAACACCUACUACGAGGGCGGCUACUUCAAGGCUCGUCUCCGGUUCCCCAUUGACUACCCCUAUUCUCCUCCUGCCUUUAGGUUCUUAACCAAAAUGUGGCACCCCAAUAUCUACGAGACCGGCGAUGUCUGCAUCUCAAUCCUCCACCCGCCCGUGGACGAUCCGCAGAGUGGGGAGCUGCCGUCUGAGCGAUGGAACCCCACCCAGAACGUGCGGACCAUUCUUCUGAGUGUGAUCUCACUGCUGAAUGAACCCAACACGUUUUCUCCAGCCAAUGUGGACGCUUCAGUGAUGUACCGCAAGUGGAAGGAAAGUAAAGGGAAGGAUCGGGAGUACACGGACAUCAUCAGGAAGCAAGUCUUGGGAACAAAGGUGGAUGCUGAGCGGGAUGGUGUGAAGGUCCCCACCACUUUGGCAGAGUACUGUGUGAAGACGAAGACUCCAGCCCCGGAUGAAGGCUCAGACCUCUUCUAUGAUGACUAUUAUGAAGAUGAUGAGAUGGAGGAGGAAGCAGACAGUUGCUAUGGUGAUGAGGAUGACUCUGGCAAUGAGGAAUCUUGAUGGCUUUCUGGCAGUUGCAAAACUUACUAUAAACUACUGAAUUUUACCUCAACUAGGACAAACUGGUUUGAAUUUAGGAUCUGUCAGCCCUGAAAUUAACUCUCUACCUCGCAGGGAGACUGUUCUGCUGUUGUAAAGGAAAAUACACCACUGUCUUUGUUUAAGAAAAAAACAAAAACAAAAAAGAAAACAAGAAAAACCCACCCAAACCCUAUUUUGUAAACAUCCUGGGUGUGGGGUGAGGGGAAGGGAAAGUCGCAUCGAGGCAUUCACAGAUCCACGGUAACCGGGGAGCCGAUGGCCCUGGCUGGAUUGAGGAAUGACAGAAAAACCUGGUGUUGGCUGCCCUUUGGGGCAUGUCCGGCUCCUCUUGAGCCUUGCAUGGGAGAAAUGGUUUUGGGAGGCUGUGGAGCUGCUGAAUAGUCACUUUGGGUGGGAGGUGCGUGAGCUUUUAUGUAGCUUUCUACAGCCUUUAAGCUGUCAGUGGGAACGGUGUCAGGGUAAGCAACGCUUCCCUCCUGCUGCCUGUGGCCUUGGCCUCUCCCCGGCGUGGCCGGGCUGCGGUGCUCGCGGCUGCUAGAAGGAGCAGGUGGGCGCUGGCGUGGCUCAGCCCGGUCCCCUGCGGGAGCCUUGUGCCCCUCUUCCCGUGGCACCCUGUGUGGAGCCGGACCCCGAGCGUCGGCUGCAGGGGGGCAGGACCGGGGUGGUGGGAGCGCUGGAGGCAGGACAUCCAGCGCAGCUAGCGGGCACUGACGCGGACAGGGGCAGUUUGUAGUUUUUAAACUAGCUGGGAGGGGUGGGGUAGUUCCGAAUCCUUCUGCUUCUCUGUUUUUUGGAAACUAUUUAAUAAAGUACUUUAAGGGAAAAA